AUGCUCACUCAUCACUCAUCUCGCCUUCUUCCUCUCCCUCUCUCCAUCAGCUUGGCCUUGCGCUUGCCCCUUUCCUUCCUUCGUCAUCCACUCAUCGCGCACACAACUCUUUCUCUACGCAUACACCGACACACACCACUGCCGUGCACCCCCGCACCCCCCUCCCUCCAAGCAGCAGCCGUCGCCCGCACAAGAUGCUGUACGUGGACAAGCACAGACCCAAACAGCUCUCCGAGCUGCACUACCACGACACGCUUACUCGCAGGCUCAUCUCCUUGGCAUCGCACGAGGAUUUCCCCCACAUGCUCUUCUUUGGUCCGAGCGGGGCAGGCAAAAAGACGAGGAUCAUGUGCCUGUUGAGGGAAUUGUAUGGUCCAGCAACCCAAAAGCUCAAAAUCGACCAAAGGGUAUUCUUGAAUCCGAGCAAGAGGAAGAUCGACGUCAAUGUCGUCAGCUCAAAUUAUCACAUCGAGCUCACUCCAAGCGAUGCUGGAGGCUACGAUAGGCUAGUCAUCCAAGACAUUCUCAAGGAAAUCGCUCAGACGCAGCAAGUCGACACCAAUGCUCGUCAUCGCUUCAAAGUGGUCAUCAUCAACGAGGCUGACUCGCUAUCACGAGAUGCUCAGUCGGCGCUUAGACGAACGAUGGAAAAGUACAUGGGCAACUUGAGGUUGAUCCUCUGCUCCACCAGCACAAGUCGCAUCAUUGCUCCCAUUCGGAGCAGGUGUCUGCUCAUGCGCGUCGGCGCCCCAUCUCAGACAGAAAUGACUGCUGUUCUGCAGCACGUAGCCAAGAGGGAGUCGUUCAGGUUACCAGACUCGACCUGCGAGCAAAUCUUCGCCGACAGCGGGGGAAACGUUCGGAAAGCCAUUCUUGUCUUAGAAGCCCUUCGCAUGCAGUCGCCCGACUUUAGCGGUUCAUUAAGCAUAGCCAAACCGGAUUGGGAGACGUACGCGAUCGCGACUGCGGAUGCUAUCCUAUCGGAGCAAUCCCCGCAGAGGUUGUUGGACGUUCGGGGCAAACUCUACGAACUGCUGGUUCAUGCCAUUCCACCUAGACUCAUCAUCAAGACCAUCACGGACAGAUUGGUCAGGCGGGUGGACGAGAGCUUGCGGCCUUUGAUCGUGGAUAAGGCUGCCUUCUAUGAAAUUCGUGCGAGGCAGGGCACAAAGGCAAUCUUCCAUCUAGAAGCGUUCGUAGCUUCCGUCAUGUCGAUCAUCAAGGCCGAUCUGAUGGGCAUGUCCUUUGACGACUAGGACGGUCAGUCCGUACUCAAUGGCAUGCUGUCUACCAAAAACGCAGAAUUAGUCUGGCAUGCAUCAGCGAUCACAUCCUCGAGACUGGUGACGACGAUCAAAUGAAGAUGUAAAAUAAAUGGCAUUCGGCUAUGCAGCUUCUUGGGUCACUUCCACUUCGCUUCAGGGCAGGCUCGAGCUUGGUCACGGAGCUCGACGAGACCUGAUCGCUGUGACGUGAGUGGACAGAAGCCUUCCCUACACCGCAUGCUUGCCUCUGUGGGAGCUGGCCUGCUUCAACGUUGGCACCUCUACAGUCUCG